CUGGCCCCUCCCCCUUUUGAUUAAAGACAAAAUGGCGGCUCUCAGGGGAUUCACUUUAGCCAAAAUUUCCAGGAUAACUGUUGAAUUCUCUUGCUUUGAUGGGACAGUGGGCUCAGCCAGAGCUUUACUGGACAGAAUCAGCUCAUCAAAGAUAAAAAGUACAAAUCCAAAAUGUCAAGUGACGUCUGUUGUCAAGGGAGACUACAGCGCUCCUUUUGUGGGCGUUAAAUUUGUUGAUGGGAGCGAAAUGAGUUUUAAUCCACGGCACCACAACUUGCUCUCAAUCAUAAAGACCCUAAAUGCUAAAACUAAAGCCAUCCAAACCUAACCAACAAUUGAUCAGCUAAACAUUAUAUACCUCAUUAUAACAUAUGAACCAUCCCAAUCACCACACUGUGUACAAUUACUGUUAGCUAAUCAUGAACUACUGUAUUAUUAAUUAUAUAAUUAAAAGUCACUCUCUGUGUUAGUUAAAUAAGUGAUGUUGUAGUUUA